UCCCCGACAUUCCAUGUCCAAGAUGGCCGCAGUCGGCAAGGAGAGACGUCGCUGAGGGGGCUUGCCUGAGGCGAGGGGAUCAAACAUUUUUCCGAGAACCUGUUAGAAAGAACGAGUCUACCUCAAUAAAUGAAGGAGAAUAAAGAAAAUUCAAGCCCUUCAGUAACUUCAGCAAACCUGGACCACACAAAACCAUGUUGGUACUGGGAUAAGAAAGACUUGGCUCACACACCCUCACAGCUAGAAGGACUCGACCCGGCCACUGAGGCCCGGUACCGCCGGGAGGGGGCUCGGUUCAUCUUUGACGUGGGCACACGUUUGGGGCUACACUAUGAUACCCUGGCAACUGGAAUAAUUUAUUUUCACCGCUUCUAUAUGUUUCACUCCUUCAAGCAAUUCCCAAGAUAUGUGACAGGAGCCUGUUGUCUAUUUCUGGCUGGGAAAGUAGAAGAAACGCCCAAAAAAUGUAAAGAUAUCAUCAAAACAGCUCGUAGUUUAUUAAAUGAUGUUCAGUUUGGUCAAUUUGGAGAUGAUCCAAAGGAGGAGGUGAUGGUCCUGGAGAGGAUCUUACUGCAGACCAUAAAGUUUGACUUGCAGGUGGAGCACCCGUACCAAUUUCUGCUGAAAUAUGCAAAACAACUCAAAGGUGAUAAAAACAAAAUUCAAAAGUUGGUUCAAAUGGCGUGGACGUUUGUAAACGACAGUCUCUGCACCACCCUUUCACUGCAGUGGGAGCCAGAGAUCAUAGCGGUGGCCGUGAUGUACCUGGCAGGACGUUUGUGCAAAUUUGAAAUACAGGAAUGGACCUCUAAACCCAUGUACAGGAGAUGGUGGGAGCAGUUUGUUCAAGACGUCCCUGUUGACGUUUUGGAAGACAUCUGCCACCAGAUCCUGGACCUUUACUCACAAGGGAAGCAGCAGAUGCCCCACCACACCCCCCACCAGCUGCAGCAGCCCCCAUCACUGCAGCCCCCACCACAAGUGCCCCCAGUGCCACCGCCACAGCCACCUCAAGGCGCCGACCCACCCCAGGCCCAGCAGAAGGACGGCCAGCCGCCCACCCCGCAGCAGCAGCAGGCACAACCACCAAAAAAACCAUCCCCGCAGCCAAGUCCACCCAGACAGGCCAAGCGAGCCGUGGUGGUUUCUCCCAAAGAAGAGAACAAAACAGCAGAACCACCACCACCUAAAAUACCCAAACUCGAGACUACCCACCCACCACUGCCUCCAGCCCACCCACCUCCAGACCGGAAGCCUCCCCUCGCAGCUGCCUUGGGUGAGGCUGAGCCGCCGGGCCCUGUGGAUACCAGUGACCUCCCCAAAGUCCAGAUUCCCCCGCCGGCCCACCCGGCACCCGUGCACCAGCCGCCACCGCUCCCACACCGGCCCCCACCGCCACCUCCCUCCAGCUACAUGACCGGCAUGUCCACCACCAGCUCCUACAUGUCGGGCGAGGGGUAUCAGAGCCUGCAGUCCAUCAUGAAGACAGAGGGUCCCGCCUACAGCGCUCUGCCCCCUGCCUAUGGCCCGCCCGCCCACCUGCCCUACCACCCCCACGUCUACCCCCCCAACCCCCCCCCGCCCCCAGUGCCCCCACCCCCCACCUCCUUUCCUCCACCCACUAUCCCUCCCCCCACACCUGGCUACCCCCCUCCUCCACCCACCUACAACCCCAGCUUCCCACCCCCUCCCCCACGCCUGCCCCCCACCCAUGCUGUCCCACCUCACCCUCCUCCAGGUUUGGGCCUGCCCCCUGCCAGCUACCCGCCCCCAGCUGUCCCCCCAGGGGGACAGCCCCCAGUGCCCCCCCCAAUUCCCCCACCUGGCAUGCCCCCCGUUGGGGGCCUCGGGCGGGCAGCCUGGAUGAGAUAA